AUGGACUCCAAAGAAGUGAUCAUCAUUGGUGGUGGGAUAUCGGGCCUCGGUAUGGCCAUACAACUCAAGCGUCUCUUGAAGCAUCAAAACUUCACCAUAUACGAGAAGUCCGAAAACAUCGGCGGCACUUGGUGGCACAAUCAAUAUCCAGCUUGUGCCUGCGACAUCCCAAGUCACUUCUACUCCUACAGCUUCGCCUUAAAACCCGAUUGGACAACAACCUACCCGGGAAGAGACGAGUUGCAUCAAUACUUCUUCUCCGUGGCCGAGAAGUUCGACAUCAUUCCCCAUUGUCGCUUCAACUCCAGGUGUAUUGGUCUUGUUUGGAACUCCGACACUUCUACUUGGAGCUGUACUUUCGAAGAAACUAACACGGGCGAAACGUUUGUCAAAGUCGCCCCUGUGGUUGUCAGCGCCAUUGGAACACUGGAUCGACCCUACAUACCUGAGAUAAACGGUGCAGAGUCCUUCAGAGGGGACAUAUUCCACAGCGCACGUUGGGAUCACUCGGUCGAUUUGGAGAAUAAGAAUGUUGUCAUACUCGGGAAUGGCGCCUCGGCAACGCAGUUCGUUCCCGAGCUGGUCAAGCACGCCGGGCCUCGAGGGAAAGUCACGCAGCUCGUCAAGAGUGCACACUGGUGGACCAAGCGGGGCAACCCGAGAUAUUCCACUUCCUGGAAGGUCAUGAUGAGAUAUGUCCCCUUUGCCAUGCGCCUCUAUCGAGUCUAUCUCGCAUGGCAACUUGAGAGCGUCUUCUUCUCCUUCCUCAUGACGGACGACGGCGCUAGAAAACGACAAAAGAUUCGCGACGCCACUUUAGAAUACAUCGAGCAUAACGCCCCCGCCAAGUAUCGAGAGAUCUUGACUCCAGACUACGAGCCUGGUUGCAAACGCCGCGUCAACACCGCAACUUAUCUCGACUGUCUCUACUCGCCAAAGAUGCACCUCGCAAAAGAAAGAGCCGUCAAGAUCGAGGAAAAUAGCGUGGUAACAGAUAGCGGCUCCCGAUAUGACGCCGACGUGAUCAUCUUCGCAACGGGCUUCAUGACCCAGAAGUGGCUCUUCCCAAUGGAGGUCAAGGGCGUGGACGGCAGAGACAUCCAUGAAGUCUGGGACUCGAAAGGGGGCGCGGAAGCCUACAAAGGAACCAUUGUCACUGGUUUCCCCAACUUCUUCAUCUUAUACGGGCCGAACGCCGCGACAGGACAGCAUUCUGUCAUCUUUCACUCCGAAUGCCAAAUCAACUACGCUUGCCGCCUGCUCCGGCCAGUCCUGACGGGCUCAUCGCAGGCUGACUCCAUCAUGGUCAAGCCGGAGGCUCAGAAGAGAGACCAGGUGUGGGUGCACGGGAAGCUGGAGAACUUGGUCUUUAACAGCGGGUGUCAGAGCUGGUGGAUGGAUCCGAAAACGAAGAAGAACACUUUCAUUUACCCCGACCCGAUGUACAAGUACUGGCUGCGGACCAUCUUCCCAAUCUGGUCGGACUUUGAGAUUCGACGCGGUGAAGGAAAGCAGACCUCUAUGAGUAAACUUGUACUUGGCGCCGUUCUCAGUCUUGGGCUGGGAGUGGUGGCCGUUGCUUCUCAGGUAGGCUUGGGGAAUACCUGGCAGCUCUCAUAA